UGGGAGCCGAUGCCAAGUGCGGCAUCGACUUGCAGCGCAUUGUGGCUGUGCUUCCCUUUGGCAUCAGGGUGUUUAGUUGCUGUUUCAGAUCAGUAAUCUGUGAAGAUGGAAUCGUACGCUGCUGGAGCGAAAUUUGAUUGCUUGCUGUUUGACAUGGAUGACACACUCUACCCACUGAGCUUAGGCAUCAACUUGGCAUGCCGCAAGAACAUACAGGGCUACAUGCUGAACAAGUUGCAGAUUGAAGAGAGCCAGGUUCCCAAGAUGUGCCUAGAUUUGUACAAGGAGUAUGGAACCACAAUGGCCGGCCUCAAGGUUUUGGGCUAUGAUUUCGACUAUGACGACUUCCACGCUUGUGUCCAUGGUGCACUGCCGUAUGAGAAGCUGAAACCUGACCCUGUCCUGAGGCAGCUGCUACUUUCCUUGCCACAGAGGAAGAUAAUUUUCACAAACUCUGACAAGGCCCAUGCGGCAAGAGUCCUGGAGAAGCUCGGGCUAGAGGACUGCUUCGAAGGAAUCAUCUGCUUCGAGACCCUGAACCCGUCAACCCAACAAGAUGCCAAUGACCAGAACCAGAAGAAUGCAGGUGAAGCUGACACUGAUGGUGGCAGCAGAGCUGGCUCUGACGACCCAGCCCCUCCUCGCAGGGGAAUCCUGUGCAAGCCGUCUCUGGAGUCCAUGGAGGCCGUCAUCGAGAUCGCCAAGCUCGACGCCAAGAGAACGGUGUUCUUCGACGACAGUGCGCGCAACAUCGCCUCGGGGAAGGCCGCCGGCUUCCACACCGUCGUUGUCGGGACCUCAGCGCUGGUGCCUGGUGCGGACGUGGCGCUGGAGAGCAUCCAUAACAUCAAGGAGGCCCUGCCGGAGCUCUGGGACGCCGCCGGCGAGCACGUCGAGGCGGUCCUCCGGCCCGCCGCCGUCGAGACCACGGUGCUCGCAUGAACACGGAACCGUCACGGCCACGUAGUACAUAUGUUAUAUGUAUCCUGUGCUGUGCGAAAUGUGCUGGAACGCAAUGUGCCUGAUCAGUGAUCAAGCAUGGUAAUAUAACAACCAAUAUGUGGAACUAAUAAGUUUGGAUAAUGUACUUCUAUGUGGAAUUCCUGUGCUUUUUUAUGAUGGCACAACCCGUUGCGAAAAUGAAUUUGUUGUGCUAUA